AUAAUAUCGUCUCCGCACUCUCUCCCCCCCUCCGUUUCUCUCUCUCUCUCUCUCUACUUCGAAGGAGAGACGAAGAAGCAGAAGAGGACGAAGCAGACAUGGUUUCUACGAGACGAAGUGGAUCUCUCUCCGGAAACACCAGCAAGAGAUCAUCUUCUUCCGAAGACAAGCCUCUCUCUCCCAAGCGCCAAAAGGCUGAAAAUGGCGGUUCAUCGGAAAAAUCGGCUCCCGCUGAGAAUUCCAAGGAAAUGUGCUCUCCGGCGGCCGUGGAUCCACCGGAAUGCGGGCCUGUUGAUCCUCCGACUGCCGGCGUCGGCGAGGCUGUGAGUCUCGGUAAAGGAGAUGCGGCACAAGCGGUUGCUGUAGCUACCCCGAUCGCUGAUGGUUCUUCGCCGGUUGUGGUGGAUAAACCAAGGAGUUCUUUCUCUUCAUGGAGUACUUAUCAGAAGCAGAACCCCAGUUUUGAAUCUUCAACCCCGUGGUGUAGGCUUUUGUCGCAGUAUGGACAGAAUUCCAAUGUUCCGAUUUGUGCAUCAAAUUUCACAAUUGGUGCAAGUAGAAACACCAAUCUUGUAUUGAAAGACCAAACCAUUAGCGCCGUUUUAUGUGCAAUCAAGCACACACAGCGUGAAGGCACUUCUGUUGCUUUGCUUGAAAGCAAGGGGAGCAAAGGAACUGUGCAAGUAAAUGGGAAGACUAUUAAGAAGGGUACCAGCUGUGUCCUCAAUUCUGGCGACGAGGUGGUUUUUGGUCUGUUGGGGAACCAUGCUUACAUUUUUCUGCAACUCUUGAAUGAGGUUGUUCUCAAGACCCCUUCAACAGUUGGUGGUACAGAGGUUCAGAGUACUGUAGGUAAAUUGCUACACGUUGAAAGGAGGGCAGGGGAUCCUUCAGCUGUGGCUGGGGCUUCUAUUUUGGCAUCACUUUCAAGCCUGCGGCAAGAUUUAUCACGUUUGAAGCCUACUUCUCAAGCCAGUGGUAAAACACAUCAGGGGGCUGAGCUACCGCCCCUUCCGGUUGUUCAUGACAGUAUGGAUGUUGACCUUGAUGGCCUGGAAGUCAAUUCAGCAACAAAUACGGGGAGUGAUAAAGCUGCUGACAUUGGAGCGACCAGCAAGAUCCUUGCUCUUGAUGGCAACCUGGACUCUAGCAUAGAGGCAGGCAAUGUAUUUGAAGAAAGAAAUGAGUGGACGAGGGAUUCACUGCUGGCAUCAACAUCGGGUAUGUCUCUGAGGUGCGCAGCAUUUAAAGAAGACAUUCAUGCGGGGAUUCUUGAUGGCAAAGACAUAGAUGUUUCAUUUGACGAUUUCCCGUAUUAUUUAAGUGAAAACACAAAAAAUGUGUUGAUUGCAGCUUCGUAUAUACACUUGAAACACAAAGAACAAGUUAAAUAUACCUCUGAGCUUCCUACAGUGAGCCCGCGAAUUUUGCUUUCUGGUCCUGCAGGGUCUGAGAUAUAUCAGGAGAUGUUGGCAAAGGCACUUGCUAGAUACUUUGGGGCUAAAUUGCUUAUUUUUGAUAGCCAUUCUUUUUUGGGUGGUUUAUCAUCGAAGGAAGCAGAGCUCCUGAAAGAGGGAUAUAAUGCAGAAAAAUCCUGCAACAUCAACAAGCAAAGUGCUGUAGCUACUGAUCUUGCUAAGGGCACAAGUCCUUCAGCCACCGAGGCAGCUACACCUAGCUCUUCAAAUGUUCCUUCUUCUUGUGGCCCGGAGUCCCAACCAAAAACGGAGAAUGACACUGCACCAGCUGCUUCUGGGGCAUGUAAGAGUCCUUCAUUUAAAGCAGGUGACAGAGUGAGAUUCAUUGGUUCUGCUUCUGGCAGCUUGUAUUCAACACCGUGUCCUUCAAGGGGUCCUACUUUUGGAAUUCGAGGGAAGGUUCUAUUACCUUUUGAAGAUAAUCCUUCAUCAAAAAUUGGUGUAAGAUUUGAUAAACCCAUACAUGACGGGGUGGACCUUGGGGGUCUCUGUGAUGUAGGUCACGGAUUCUUCUGCAAUGUUAAUGAUCUUCGUCUAGAAGCUACGGGUGUGGAAGAUCUGGACAAGUUACUCAUUAACACAUUAUUUGAGGCUGUAAGUAGUGAGAGCAGAAAUUCGCCUUUCAUUUUGUUUAUGAAAGAUGCCGAGAAGUCUAUUGUAGGAAAUUCAGAAUCAUACUCAACAUUUAAAAACAGGCUUGAGAAGCUCCCUGAUAACACUGUCAUUAUUGGUUCACAAACUCAGACCGAUAACCGUAAGGAAAAGUCACACCCUGGUGGUUUACUUUUCACUAAAUUUGGCAGCAAUCAAACUGCUCUUCUUGACUUAGCUUUCCCGGACAGUUUUGGUAGACUGCAUGAAAGGGGGAAGGAGGUUCCCAAAGCAACAAAGCUUCUGACGAAACUUUUCCCCAAUAAAGUUACCAUUCACAUGCCUCAGGAUGAGGCACUUCUUGUGAGCUGGAAGCAUCAAUUGGAUAGAGAUGCUGAGACCCUUAAAAUGAAGGGAAAUAUGAAUCAUCUGCGCACUGUCUUGAGUCGGACUGGGUUGGAAUGUGAUGGAGUUGAGGCAUUGUGCAUCAAGGAUCAAACGCUUACAAAUGAAAGUGCGGAGAAGGUUGUUGGUUGGGCUUUGAGCCACCAUUUAAUGCAGAACCCUGAAGCUGAUUCUGAUUCAAGGCUUGUUUUGUCAAGUGAGAGUAUCCAGUAUGGGAUUGAAAUUCUACAUGCUCUCCAGAAUGAAUCCAAGAGCUUGAAGAAGUCACUAAAGGAUGUUGUGACUGAAAAUGAAUUUGAGAAACGGCUGCUAGCUGAUGUUAUUCCACCUACUGACAUUGGAGUCUCGUUUGAUGAUAUUGGAGCUCUUGAAAAUGUGAAGGAUACAUUGAAGGAGUUGGUGAUGCUUCCUUUACAGAGGCCUGAGCUUUUCUGCAAGGGUCAAUUGACAAAGCCUUGCAAGGGUAUUCUUUUGUUUGGCCCUCCUGGAACAGGAAAGACGAUGCUUGCAAAGGCUGUGGCCACUGAAGCUGGUGCAAACUUCAUCAACAUUUCUAUGUCAAGCAUCACAUCUAAGUGGUUUGGUGAGGGCGAAAAAUAUGUGAAAGCCGUCUUCUCACUAGCUAGUAAAAUUGCCCCUAGUGUUGUAUUUGUUGAUGAAGUUGAUAGCAUGUUGGGUAGGAGGGAAAAUCCAGGAGAGCACGAGGCAAUGCGUAAAAUGAAAAAUGAAUUCAUGGUGAACUGGGAUGGCUUGCGAACAAAAGAUACAGAACGAGUUCUGGUACUUGCAGCCACUAAUAGGCCAUUUGACCUUGAUGAGGCUGUUAUCAGAAGGCUGCCGCGUAGAUUGAUGGUCAAUCUGCCAGAUGCACCAAAUAGAGCGAAGAUCUUGAAAGUGAUCCUAGCAAAAGAGGACUUGUCCCCUGAUAUUGAUUUUGAUUCAAUUGCAAGUAUAACAGAUGGAUAUUCUGGAAGUGACCUUAAGAAUUUAUGUGUGACCGCUGCACAUCGCCCAAUUAGAGAGAUUUUGGAAAAGGAAAAAAAGGAGCGAACUGCAGCACUAGCAGAAGGUAAACCAGCUCCGGCCUUGAGCGUGAGUUCUGAUAUCCGGCCUUUAAACAUGGAUGACUUCAAAAAUGCUCAUGAACGGGUUUGUGCAAGUGUUUCAUCCGAGUCUGUAAACAUGACCGAGCUCCUACAAUGGAAUGAACUCUAUGGCGAAGGGGGUUCUAGAAGGAAGAAAGCUCUCAGCUACUUCAUGUGAAAGCUCGUCAACUGUACAAAAUGGUUCUUCUUUCUCUUUCCUCAAGUUCUGUACUUUCUCUCUCCUUUGCUGCGCCCUCUCUCUGAGGGCUGCCGUGAGAAAACUGUGGUCUGUAAAAUGAAGUGUAGGCUUUUUUUAAGUUAUGGUUAGUAAUCCUUCGGCUAGUUUUCGGGAUGGUUGGUACGAAAAGUGGUGUGGCCUUGCUAGUUUUGGCAUGGCUUUCGCCACUUUUGUUUUGUUCUCUCCCACCUCCUCCUUUGCUGUCAUUGUGAAGAGGACUGCGUUAUUUUAUUUGAUUUUUUAAGUUAUAAUCUAAGAAAGUUGAGGGAACCG